AUACGGUUUGGCUUUGACCGCCAUAUCUGGGAUAACGAACCGACGUCUUUCAGUGACUCAGUUCUGUGACCAGCUGGCUUAGUGAAGGCGCAUUCCUCCUUAGCACUUGUUUCACCAAAAUCUCCAUUCUUUGCUUCUACCGCCGUCUGGGCGUGGAUGCUAUUAGCAAAGAAUGGAAGUGGAUCAUAUGGGUCGCUAUAGGCUUCAUAACCACUUACACCUUUGUAUUCCUCUUCUUCUUGGUUCUAGUUUGUCGUCCCACCGAGGCAUAUUGGAAAUCUUUCGAUCCUGCCUACUCGAAGGCGUAUCAGUGCACCAGCAGCCAUGUCAUGAAUCCGUUAAUGGGAGCUCUGGGAGCAUUCUCUGACUUCUAUACGGUCGUGCUUUCCGCCGGUCUUAUUUGGCAUCUAGAAAUGCAGAGGAGGGAGAAGAUCGGCCUCUGUGUCAUUCUCACGAUGGCUCUAUUAGUGACUGGAGCAGGUAUCGCGAGAUCAAUACAGCUUUCUCAGCUUGCCGAUAGCCCUUUAGCAGACGUUACUUGGCAUGGCUUCGACGUAUUCGUUUCCUCUCAGCUCGAAUGCCAAUUCGCAAUCAUCUGCGCCUGUGCACCGUCUCUCAAAGUCUUCGCACCCCGACAGCUCGCCACGCCUUUUAGCCGCCCAAACCAGGAGAGCAGGACGCUGGCCAACUCAGUGGUUUCCAGCCGUAGUGGGAGCAUUCUGCCCGAGCGUUUCAAGCGAUCCAUGCAGUUGAAACGGGUCAAUAGCCAAAGACCACUGGUGAUAUCGGACCCUCAGGUACUUGAGAUACCCGAUUGGGCGACUGAAGCAUUCGAGUCCCCGAGAUACACAAAUACGGCAAUGGAUGUGGAGGUGUAUGAAAGGUAUGUGGCUGGGAAGUAUGGGCCUCCACCGCCACCAAAAGACCAUGGGGAAAUCUUCGCGCAGUAUCGGGCUGCGGCUAUCCCGAGUAAGGAUUUGUUUGCGCAGUAUCGGGAUGAGUUUGUAUAGUGCGGUGCCUGGACAGAAGUCUGUCCACUCC